AUGGACGUGUCUGCCCCAGUGAGGCCCAGCUCGCGCCCUACGCAAGCCUAUUACGUGCCGCGUCGUCUACUGGAGGGCGGUCGCGGUCCGUAUCCGGCGAACGAUGGAAAACCCUCUCAAGAUGGUUUCACCAACCCGGAUACCCCGCCGCCAAACACGACCAAGUCACGGCCAAACACUGAGAAACGUCGUGCGCCUCGCUACACUCCACCACAGCCGCAGAGCUCUUUGAUAGCUCCGUCUUCACAGCGAAGAGGUCCUGCUGCUCCACCGCAACCGUUCGCUCCACGAAUUGUUAACGGUCCACGCGGUCCGCUUUCACGUCCCAACGCUUUCUGUGCAGUACCUUUCCCACAGAAAGAUAUCUGCAUUUGUGAUCGUCCUAAAACUCAUGUUGUAUGCAAACGAUGUGGCUACGAAUGUAUUGGAAGAGUGCAGUUGGUGUGCGAUGUGCAUCCGACCAUACUCUCGUUGAUGGACAUGCGAGAAUGUGCUAAUCCCAUCUGUAGGAGUAUACAGAUAUUUGAAUCGUUUACACCAAACGACAACAAUAACAUUGAUGAUCAACUCAUUACCGCCGUCACCACCAACAACACCACCCCAAUUCUACAGUAA